AUGGCCGACACCAUCUUCAGCAGUGGGAAUGACCAGUGGGUUUGCCCCAACGACCGGCAGCUGGCCCUGCGAGCUAAGCUGCAGACAGGCUGGUCUGUGCAUACCUACCAGACUGAGAAGCAGAGGAGGAACCAGUGCCUCAAGCCUGCAGAGGUGGAGGCCAUCCUGCAGGUCAUCCAGAGGGCUGAGCGGCUUGACGUCAUGGAGCAGCAGAGGAUUGGGCGGCUGGUGGAGCGGCUGGAGACCAUGAGGCGGAAUGUGAUGGGGAACGGCCUCUCCCAGUGUCUGCUCUGCGGGGAAGUGCUGGGCCUUCUGGGAAGCUCAUCAGUGUUCUGCAGAGACUGUCGGAAGAAAGUCUGCACCAAAUGUGGGAUCGAGGCCUUCCCAGGACAGAAGCAGCCCUUGUGGCUCUGUAAGAUCUGCAGUGAGCAGAGACAGGUCUGGAAGAGAUCGGGAGCCUGGUUCUACAAAGGGCUUCCCAAGUAUAUCCUGCCCCUGAAGACUCCUGGCCGGGCUGAUGACCCCCACUUCCGACCUAUGCUGGUGGAACCAGCUGAGCGAGAACCCAGAAGCACUGAGACCAGUCACCUCUACACCUGGGCCCGAGGAAGAGUGAUUUCCAGCGACACUGACAGCGACUCAGAUCUCAGCUCCGCCAGCCUGGAUGACAGACUCCUGCCCACUGGGACCAGAGACCCAAAAGGCAACAAACCCUGGGAAGAGUCAGGCGGCAGCACCGAGUCCCCCAGGUUGGAGCCAGCCCGCCCACCCAGCCACCUCUCUGGGAGCCAGAGCAGCCUGACCAGCGAGACUGGGGCGGGCUCUGCGGACACACAGGGGGGCCCUCGCCCCGGCCUGAGCUGAAGAGCAAAGGUAAAAGACACACGUGGACGAGUUCCCGCUGCUGACGUGGCCUCCACCAGUCCCCUCAGCAAGCCCUGGGCAGAGACAUGUUUGGUGCACCGGGCCAGCUUUCCUGUGGGAGAGUUUGAAAGAGAAGAGACUGGCAACGGAGACAUUGAUGGCGAACAGAAACUGCUCAUUGGCGGUCUCCUUCAAGUGGUGCCCAGGACACGCGUUACACCCGCGAUAGCUUAG